AUGGGUAACCUCACCUUCGCGGGGACAAAUGGUCCACCCCUGCAAAGAGCCGUUUCAGGUUGGAUGGAGAGCGAACAGAACAUUUCUCAAGGAGGCAUGCUUAUCAUUGAGGGGAGGGGGGAGGUGACUGACUAUGACUCGUCUCCAGACCCGAAAGUCGACACAACUUGCACCGUUCCCAUUACCGUGGUAGCAAUACAACCACCAUCGACAGACAGUAACGGGUCCUUGGCUGAGCAUUCUCUGUGCAGUGAUCCUGCAAGAAAUAGCAUGAAAAGUGCUCUCUCAGACUAUCGUGUGUACAAACACGAGGGAUGGGUGCAGGACCACUCCGAAGAAUCCUUUCAUUCUCGAGACCAGUGGGAUUCUUUACCCCUUCUUGUGUCUUUUGAUGACUUAACUGCCGGGUUUCAGAAGAAUUUUCCAAAGCCCAGCGGGCCUGGGAAGGGUGGAAAUGGCGAACAUGCUACGGCAAAGGCAACCAGUAAAAUCUUACAGCCAUCCAUCCCUAGGCCGAUAAUCUCACGCAUUCGCAGUGCAUCGCAGAGUGAAGCCUCUGUGGCACUAAAGUCAUUGCACAUUGACUUUGAAGUCGGGUGUCAGGCUGCAGAGAACUAUUUAAGAGUUGAGAACAAAUGUCACAUGAGAAAUCACUCGACAUCCAUGACGUCAAUUUGUGCCCGGAAACGGAGCCAACCAAAUUUGAAAAACGUUCCCGUUGAAUUGCCUGAGGGUCGGAUUAGUCCGACCUGUCAGAUGCCAAACGAAAUAAGAAAGGUCGAUUUUUAAUACUUCCAUUCAAUAACGCUUUGUUAAUAAGGCCUUUUAGAAGGUGUUUUAUGAUCAAGCAGUGGUGUAGGUUUGUCAAGCCGUAUAAUACUAAGAAAAAAUAUAGGUAGAAAGAGGCUAAGCGUUAACUGUCUGCCCUGACUAGAACACUGUAAUAUGUAACUUAAUUUUCUAUUAAUCAUGUUAACCAGGUUAGCUUUAUAGACCAGAAUGCGUUAAAUGCAUCAAAAAAGAACAUUUAAUAUUGUGGUCCUCCCCAGUUCUUGAAGGAAAGCAAGCGCAUACUUAAGCCGAACAACGCUUUUUGUUCGGACAUUUCCGCGCAGUUAAAUUUCAUAACUUUUAAUACUAUUUGAUUACUAUAGUUAACGUUCUAUUUUGCCAAAUGAUACCACGUCCACAGUCACCGUGAAGACUCCCGACGUUUAACCACCAACUAGAGGCAACUACCAGUUCAGUAGAUGUCUACUGCUUCAAAGUGUGCAAAAUUAAGUAUUCCGUGAUGAUUUUUUUAUGUAUACCUCGGAAAUCUACUUUUGCCUACAGACCACCAUAUAAUUUCUGUUUUUUUUCAUGCAUUUUAGCGCCAAGUCUAUCUCUGUGUGAUUUUUCUCAAAAUUGGUGAAAUCGACACCAUCAAAGAACAGUACGCAGCUGAUGUUCUUAUAAAGGCGAAAUGGCGAGACGCCGAUAUGGACGCCGCUGGUUCCCUAGUAAGCAACCAGUAAAUCUGAUAUUUGGUGCUGUCAGUGAAACAGUUGUUUAUUCCGGAAGUCUAACUUCCAUUACUGCUGCGCUAGCUUAGGCCGUUUGCAUUGUCCAAUCACGAAAAUAACUCAGAGUCCAUUUGGCAGUAAAUAUUUUUAUCCAUCUGCUGGAAAUUGAAUGGGGCUUUUUUGUUUCGUUCUAGAUUUUCCGGAAAGUUCAGGGAUAUUUUUAUAAAUUAAGAUCUGUGGGUUUCUGAGUUGUCACAAAAAUUGACAUCGGAAUUUUGAGUAAGGUUUUAGGGACAGAAGAGUUUGGAAAAGGGUCGAGAGUGAAUAAGAAUAAGUGAUCAGAAAUUCGUCAAUUCUCAUUUAAUAAAGACUUACGAGUUGCGAGCCGAUGGCCAUGGUAGUAGAUACAAGUUCCUAUCUCUGAUUUACCGAGAUUAUGCAUUACAUGCGAUAGCUGCAAAUGUUUCGGCUCAUCAUUUGGUCCGUUGCCACCCUUCAUGAGUUUUCGUGCAUUUUUGGACGGCAUCUUAAAAGUUUGAAUAUAACCAACGUAGCCCACGUCCGCGAAUUCAUUUCUGAGAAAAUUAAAGUGUUAAACUUGCAGCAAGCCAAUAUCGAUGGAACGUGUAUAUAAGCCACUAGCUAAUAGCAGUGGCGGAUGCUAAUCCAAAAUCAAUAAGUUUGCCUUAACCCACGGAGGAGAGGUUUCGCUCAACAUUCGUGAACAUAUGCUAUGUAAAUGCGUCGUGAUAAUAAACAGUCCCAAAGUCAUCGAUAAACUUUUUUCUCAAUUUAGGAAUUUCUUGAUUUUGAAAAAGGGAAACAUAUUUGGCUGGCAAAUAGUUCUCCUGUAGCCGAAAAAAUAAUCUAGUGGGCUCAGAUGUUUUUAAGUUCUUAUUGCAGAAUGCCCAGUUAACACCCUCCUUACUGGGAAGGUUUUGAUUAUUUUCGGGUUGAUAUUACAGAAUUACGACAAAGAUACAUUCUCAACUUCUAAAGAAUAAGUUUGAAAAAUAGAAAUUGGCGCUGAUAUUUCCCGAAUAUAAAUCUGUACUGUCUAGAACAUUAGUACAAGGCUGAUAUGAAGGGCGUUUCAUGUUUACAUAGGUGUAUACAUAUGGAAACAUAAGCACAGAUCUUACAAGUUAUUAACAGUUCGAUAUUUUAGUAGGAAAUUAAUAUAUAUUACCAAGAAUAUCAGCCUAAAACCUUUUAUAAAGGAAAUAUAAUCAUAGUGCUUGUGUUUGUAUGGGUUAUUAUUAUGCGUGUAUUUAGAGUCAAAAGGAAAAUAAGCAAGUCCCGCGUUAAGCAUGCAUGCUUAUUAUUACCCUUAUCUACUUCCAAUAUUUGUGAUUUCGCGCAUGUCUGAUUACUUUGUCUAGGAGUAUGACUGGCUGCACAAUUGGACCCCAAAGCUCUACAUUGAGAACACCAUAGGCGAAACAAGGGAACAACUUCAUCAAAUGAUAGCUUUGAAUGAGUUUGGCCACGCAUUCCUUGUAGAGAAACGCAGAGUAUCUGGGGUAUUUUUGGAGAACCUGGAAUUGAACCACUUUCCAUUUGACGUUCAGGUGAGCAUACGAGUACACGCAAUUUAAUGAUCUAUUGGUAACUGAAGUUUACAUUCCGGAUAUAAGUUUACUGGGGGACAGACUGAGGUUAAUUCUGAGGUGUGUUUAAUGAAUAAACAGAGGGGCAUGAAAUGGAAAAUCAGAACAUUCACUUGAACCUUCUAAGGCGAAAAUAUUUCCUAAUGUUUCUUAAUAGGAAGAAAAAUAGGAAAAUAUCGCUGCAAUUGAAGAGUUGUUUAACUGAUAUGUCUUAGUUUUAUUUACAGCUUGGGAUUUAGCUUUAAAAAAAUUGCAGCCACACUUUGUCAAACGUCCAUUAAGAAAAUGAAUGCAGACUUCUGAGGUGCUACCAAGAAGGAAUGUUAACUGGUCUUUGACCUUACUUAAACUCUACAUAUUUCAAAAGACAAUGAUUAGCUACUCAGGAGCAUUUGGAAGUUGUUUUGUUGCCUACUGCCUCUAAAGUUGAACGUUUUAUAAAACGUCACAAAACAUAUUUGUAGGCCAAAUAUACCUUCACUGAAGGAGAUCCGUUUAAUAUGAAGCGCGUACAUAACUAGACUGUCGUUAACAAGCAGGCUUUGUGCGAUAUCGCCCUUUGUUGUUAACAAAAGAAGUUGAGUCUCUGUUAAAUUAUUUUUCCAAUACGAACUUUAAUGGCCUUCAUUCUGUCUCAGAUAUCUUCACAAUAGGUAAGAAAUUCAAACCAAAAUAUUUACAGAUCGAAAUUUCUGCUUUUGCAUGGUCUGGAGCAUACAGUAAUCACCUUCACGUUUAUAAUCAAGACGGAAUAUGUGGCUUAAACCCGACCCACACAAGGAGAUUGUGUACUGUCGAUUAUUCUAAGUGAAGGCAGUAUACUCUCAAAGUUACUAACUUUUAAAUCUAUUAUUUUAUCUACAAAAUCGAUCAUUUAUCAGUUACAAAAAUGUGUUAAAUUGGAAUUUACAAAACAUUUUAAAGAACGCAAUUACACGCCGUUUUGAGGACCCAGUGUGUGAGCGUGUUAUCUCCUUUAUUCCGAACGUCGUGUUUUUCAUUUUAAGUGUUUAGUAACGGAAAAUACAUGUACAAGAUUGGAAGUUCAGAAAGAGGCUCUUCCUGCUGACCUGUCAUAAUCAAUCCUACAUACUUAAACGGCGUUUAAGACCAUUAGAGGUUCGACAUGGCUCGUUUUUCAAUUGAAAGCGUUUUACGUCAAGCUCACUACCAGUUAAGCCGAAGGUCAGUUUUUCAUCUAUGGCGGCAAUGAAUUUCAGUCAUCUUGGUGUAACAGCUUGCAGCACUGGUUGGAAGUGGAAGUAUGGUUACUUUAAGAAAGAGUGUGACAAUAUUUUGGACCAGUGUAUCAACUGUAAAAGACCUGAACACAUACAGUGAAGGACCGAUCUCAUGAGAUGUUGGACGAAAUACCGGAAUGCGUUUUUUAUUAGGAUGGAGUACCUAAGAAGAGUUUUAAAAUUACGGUUUGUUGCGGCAUGAUCUUAUAAUAUUUUGAACUGACGGAAAUGUUUGCCUUUGAAUUCACUUCGCGUCAACCUCCUGUACACGCAGCAUUCAGUGGAAAAUGACUGCUUAUAUAGGUUGCAUUUUACACACAGAUUUUUGAUGGCUUCAUAAAUUCAGUUAUAUUUAAUGGAAAACAUGCACACAUGUAUGCUACUUUUUACUCGUUUAGUAGAGAAUUACGCCAUCUAUACAUUUUAUACCCUAAGAAAAUGUAUAUCUAGUUUUCAAAAUGUUUCUAAUUAGGAAUUUUUUUAACUGUGCAAUAUUCUGUCAAACAGAAUCGUAUCUGUAUGUUUACCGACGUUUCUCUUAAAAGUACAGCGUAGUCCACAUUCCUUGCAGAAUUUCAUGGACCCAAUAUGGUAUCCUUUUAAAGGCCUAGAGGAAUAUAUGAGUCUGUAAAUGCAGAAGGAAUGUCCCUUUUAAUGCAACUGAUGAUCAUGCUGAACACUAUUUGCAAAGUGAAAAAUCUCUUUACAAUCUAAAUACACCCUUCUCGAAAUAUAAAAUGCACAGACAACGUGGUUGUCCAUCAAAUGAGUGAAAUGAGGCAUAUUUUUGCUGAUGUUUAUCAUAAAGUGUAUUAGAAUUUAAAAGAUUAUCAUAUACCAGUGUGAAAAAAUGCAUGCCACUUAAGUAGUCUUUUUUCGCCGAGCGAGGUUUUUACUAGAGGUCGUUCAGAAAUACAUCUAAAGGCAAACAUUCUGGAGAGCCCGAAAUAUAACAGGAUCAUGUCGUAGGAUACCCAGUGUCACAACCCAACCUAGGUAUCCUUUCAAAACAAAAACAUAUUUCUGAAUUUCAGCCAAGAUUUCAUGAGAGCAAUCACUCACUGUUUAUCCUGACGAACAUGCAAACAUAACAACACCCACCCGAGUAAAUUAAUUAUGGCCAGUACAAACCAAUAAAAUAGAGGGGAUUGACACCUCCAGUUUCCUUUUUCUUCGAUUGGUUUUUCUGUUGGGCGUGAUUUGCUAACGAAUGUUUUCAAUACAGCUUAUGUGAAUAUUUAAUGACAUUUACAUCAAACGGAAAACGCCCUGGUGAGCAAGUAGAAAACUUCGCCGUGUCGCCUUUGAAGACGGCCGAAAACGCGCUUGUUCAAAAGCUGGCACCCUGAUGUAACUUAAAUCGUCUUGAUGCACGGUGUACUCUAAUCAAUAUUUAGCAUUAAUUAAAUAAUUCUAGCUAAUCCAAAACACAUUUCAGAAUACCACUCGACACUUCUUAAUUUGGGGCAGAUUUUUUGGCUGGUUUAGCCCCACGAAUAAGAUGGAAUGACAGCUUCUGUAUCCUUCAUCAUCAAAAACCUUUUACUUAACACGGAAUACAACGUUUUUCUGCUAAUAUUUCAAUGAAGCAUUGGAUUAAAAUGGCAUUUUGCGCAACCCCUUGCACUGUGCAAGACUCAGACGGAGUUACAUUAGAUUUAGUAGACAUUUGAUGUAAAUGGCUGGCCUCAAUAACCGGAUUCUUGUAUGACAAAUCGUAAUAUAUGCAACAAAAGCAACUGAGAAAUACUUUCCAUACCUUUUUCUGUUAAGACCUUGAUCGUCACCGCUCGUUAAUUCAUGUAGUACAUUUUCGACAAAUGGCUACUCGAAUAUCAAUAAAUCUUCCAAUAUUCUGCACAAUUAACAGGUUUUCACUAAAAUUGUUCUCUACUGCUAUUAUAUUUUAAGUUUAUAUACCCGAUACCUCCACAAUAAUUAAAAUACAUCUUAAAAGCGUACCGAAGUUUGACAAACCGUAUUUAAGCCAUCGUAAAUCUACCAAAUUUAGGAGCUACACAGUUUUUUCGUCAACCUCUGUUUCUUGAAAGAUUUAAUUUGAUCUUGAUGCGGACGCAGUACAUGUGUGGCAACUAGUAGGAAUUGAAAGGUUCUCCAAUGAGGGUCAGAGAUUUCGGUGAACGGGACCCUUAAGCUAAUAUUUACUCCUUUCUGUUUUGUCAUAGUUGUUAACAAGGAUGUUUAACAUAUGCCCGUGGUUUUUCUUCUAAAAGAAUUCUUGGAGUGCAUUACUUCAUUCGUCAGAAUAUGUGGCGGAGAAUUUCGAAAACUUCCUUAUCCUUUUUCAUCAACCCCAUUUAUAACGAAUUAAAGGCUGUCAGAAUUGCUAUCAUUCUCAGAGUCAGACUCCACUGUACGGACGAAUUCUAAGUGGGUUGGUAUGCAUCAUUUGUGCUCUACAGAAAAAUCCGCUUAUUUCUGGGCGAAGAUUCACCCAAUAGGACUGGAAAACACUCCAAUAAGCCAUGAGAUUUCGUGCCAAAUUUCAAUUAGCACCGUUUUACCGAACUUACGACAUCCGCCAGGACAGAUUGGUCAUAACUACCAUAAAAGCAAACAUGUAGUGACAGGAAACGGCACCUAAGCUAGGGUGUUUACUGGUCUCGUGUUCGAGCACUUGGAUAAAGCUAGACUGCGCAUAUAAAUCAUUAAAACAAACUAAAAAUAUGACUCCACAACAAGAAAGAUUUGCAUAUUCCUUCUGUUUAAAAAUAACGAAGGAUGCUUCGUUAUGAGUUAAACUAAGAAACUUUAGGGGCAACAAAAUGGCGAAGGUUUAAUUUCAAGAGUUUUAUCUUAACGAAAAAACGAAAUGAUGAUUAAACUAUGAAUGUUCAGUUCUGUCAUCCGCAUAUAAGCCGAACAACUGAAAACUGUCGCAGCUGCCAAAUCGAUUCUCGAGAAACUGUGUUAAAUCGUUAAUGGUCUUUGACACUUAAAACUGUCGUUUAUACAUUUAAGCGUUUAAGUGAUUUUAUUUGACUCACGUGACAUAACGCACAAUAAAAGAUUUUAACUUCAGAUAAAGUUUUUUUGCACGUAGUAAAUGUACAGAGUUUCCAAGGUGAACAAUUCAAGUGUUUUAUUCUCAGGAUAGAAACACAGGCCAGAUUAACCUCAAAACUGGCUAACAAUAUCGGCCUAGCUUUAGAUGACGUAUGAAUAAGUGACCAAAAUGUAUUUUUGGAAAUUGCAAAUAUAUAUUAAUAUUUCGAGGACGUUUCAACCGGCAACCCGUCCUUGUUAUACUCCUAAAAUGUUCGUGGAUUAAGGUUCCUUUUUCGAAAUAUCCUACCUAGCUGUUAUAAUUCCAUUAGGGUCACGUGUCUCAGAAAAGGUACUGAGACUAUAAAAUUAUCGGAUCGAGUUGAGAUUACCUUUUUGGAUGUACAAUAAUUGUCGGAACUAAAAAUUAGACUAGGAUAUCUAGUGCAAAACGGGAUGUUAAUUUGUAGGUCUUGCAAAUGGUCACAUAAAUUUUUGCCUUGAUUUGUAAUGUCUGCGUAACAUCGGAAACAUGUUGCGGACAUCAUUAUUGAAAAAUUACUUUUUGAAUUAUUUAUUGCCACAUUCUCAUUUGUUUUAACUUCUAACUUAACGAAAGUCCACCCAUCAGACAUAAACUUAUUUCUGGGAUAUUUCUUUAUGUGCAUUGAUUAUAUAUUGCAAAUUAUUACGGCUUCAUUAUAUUUAUUUUAAAAUACGUAAUAUAAUCAACAAUAAAGGAAAUGAUUCUAGGCUAAGGGUGACUUCCUGCAAAUGAUUUAACGAACUACGGAACUUUUUACAAACAUUCGCCAACGACAGUUUCUUUUAUUAUCCGUUUAAAUAUAUUCGGAUUAACAUUACCUUCGAGAAUAAGUGAAAAAGUUUGCGUUACUUAAGUACUUUUCAGCAGGCAUAUAUCAUCCCUGGCUACAAAGAUAUUUAUCCAAAAAGGAGCAUCAUACCAUACAGAAAAAUAGUGGCAUUACGUCAAAUGCUAAUUAGCCUUACGAUUUCGAAAAAGUAGUAUUUUUUCACUAGCGCAGUAUUUGUGAUUUAUUUGCCAAAGUUUGAUGGGUUUUUUCUGUAGAAAUAAGCCACAGAGGAUAAAGUGGUUAGAAACGGCUGUCUGAAUCGUCAGAAUAGCAAAGUAAAGCACUAGAUCGCUAGCCUUUAAAUAACUGCUGUUUACUUUUUGAAAUAAAUGGACUAGGACACAGUUCGUCACCCAUUGUGAGAAGUUCUGUCCAAAACCAACAUCAACUGCCAAGCCUUUUUGCGUUUGAGACCAAAACAUGUGUUCGUGAGAGCGGUCAACAUAACCAUUAUGAGUACAGUAUAGUCCUUUUCUAAUAACGCAGUUGUUGCAUACCGCGCUACAACUAUCUGUGGUUUUCCUUAUGACUUCAGGACCUAACGAUCACCGUGGCAUCAAACCUACCCUCAUCAGAGAUUCGACUGCUGAAUGAUCCUGAUGAGCCUCACAGAAUAAACAAACAAUCAUUUGUCGGUAAGUUAACCGAAAGUCAACAUUACAAAUACCUGACCGUCCACGUUUUGGCUUCCUCGAAACUUCAGUUGUGAUAUCAUAGAGAAAUCUGAACUAUUUAUGUUAGACGUUUCAUAUGGAUUUGUAUCCUGUAAAAUAAUUUUCACGGCAAAACUCUUAUUUUAGUAUAUUUCUGGGUUUAAAGAAAAUUAUUUUGAACUUUCAUGCAUAUGGACAUUUUUAAAUAUUCUGCAAUGCCCAUUUGAACGCAUUCUCUUGACCUUAGUAGCUGAGAUAAUUACGCCAGUAAUAACGUAGGAAUUGGCAGCUUUAAGUGCAAUUGAAACGCAACAGUGACCAUGAUAUUUUCAAAAAAUACAUCGAUGACAAAUCCUCGCAUUUUUUAACAAGUAGUGGGGAUUCAAGGCGGACUAUUUACCACCAUUGACGGGUACCGCUAAUUUCCAGGUUAAAACAUGUGUGACUUAAAAAAAACCAGUGUGGCAGAAUGAAUAAUAGUUUCUUUUGCAACCGCAGUUAUUAGAAAAAGAAGCACUUGAGGUUAAAAUUACCUCCUAUCUUCUCCUUCAGUAGGAAAUUAUCUUGUGUUUUGCUGUGGCAGCCGCUUAUUGGGUUACUUAUUCUGUUCAAAAAUCUUGAAAGCUACGUCCAUUCUAAUAUCGACUCUAAUCUGGCAGUGACUACCAGAAGAUUGCAUUUAUUGUGCUACGAAUUAGCGAUUACAAUAGAAUAGUGUUUUUCAGAUGAUCGAGUUGAGCCAUCCUGAAAAUUAAUUUUCACUCUAAAAAUUAUUAACGGCUACAAAUGAUUUAAUGAAAACUAUUCGAGCAAGACCCAUGGACGUCUAAAAUGUUGUCUCCUGUCAGUAAAUGGGUCAGAAAAAUAGCAUGAUCGUCCGUAACCUUUUAAUAAUUACAAACUACAAUACAAGGUUUGAAGGCAAGCCUGUCCCCAAUGGCUGCAUCAUGCCCCAUUCGUCGUCAAAUUACUCUUUUUCACUAAAGCCCCAUAGCAAAUGCCAAUAUCUGCACCGUAAGUGCCAAUAAAAAUAUGGCUAUAAAUGACACGGUUAGCCUUCGAUAUCCUCGAUGGCAGCUAAUUGAGUUCAAACCCAUGAGUAGUAGGAACAAAGCCCCGCUAAGGCUGAGGAAGAACAAUGGUUUGUAGAGGACAGCGAGUACUUUAAAAUAGGCCUUUUGAUCACUCAUGUCUCUUUUAUUAAUAAAUAUCGAUAGUUUAUUGCCUAUAGCCCUGAAACAAAUGAUGUCUUUCCCAACUGGUGCUAAAAGACAAAUUCCUAACUCUGUUCUCUGCCUUAUAACAAGGCUAAAUGUAGAAGGGUCGCUACGUAUGAAUUAAACUGCAAUUAUUAGAUUAACCAUAAAUUAUUACAAGUAAAGUGCCAGUAACAAAAUAAGCCGUCCUGCCUUAGCCGGUCCUUUACCUUUAGAACUACACUAUAUGUAAGACGACAAUACAUAAUUUAACGGAAAUGAAACGCAAUUAAGCUAAAAAAUAAACUUAUCCUUAUCGAGAUUCAACGCUUAAAGUGUAUUAUAGAAACUAACACUCAAUUAUUCUUAGUUGCAAAUGCCAUAAAGGAUUUAGUCAUGUUUUCUAAAGAGCAAAACCGAAGUUUUGGACUUAUCGGCUUCUGUAAGUUAAGAUAUUUAGGCGUAAAAAGCAGUGGCUCCGGAUGCCCUAAUAAGAGCCAAUGGUUAACUUCCAAUGGUCUUGAUAAGCAUACACACAGUGACCGAUCUCAGGAAGUACUGAUAAAAAUUUUGAAGUGCGUAUUCAAUUAGGUGGGAUCACUUUAGUAAUGUUGCAAUAAUAAGCAUCUUGCGGUAUUAUACUGCAAUAUUUCAGAUGCGCCAAGAUGUUAGCUUUUAAAUGCAUUUAUUUUCAGCCUCCUUUAAAUACUGUUUUUGGUAAAAAUCUCCACUUGGGUAUCAGGCACUUUGCAUAUCGAUUUUCGAUGCUGUAAUAAGUUCAAAUAUACUUUAUAGGAAAUGCAUAUAAAAAUACUCUUUUUAUGUCAGUCUGGUAGCACAUCACUUCGUCUUAAAUACUGUAUUUGAAAGAUAGGUAUUUUUUGGUUCUAAAAUGUGUUCUUUUCCUAAACAAUUUGAGCUUACUCUGCCGUUGCAUUUGGGUUUAUAUUUUUCUGUUUAUCGGCUGUAGACUUUCCCUGUAAGGUAGAACUUUAAUUCUUCUAUGCAUGAAGUAUAUGCUAUAUAGUGCUCAUAAAAUUAUGAAACGAAUGUGGAAUAUGCUGACUACUUGAUGAAAAGUAUUUGUAGACACACAGAUUCUAUGCUGUUUGUUGUGACAUUGCACGGCCUUAAAAUGUCGUAAUUACAAACAUUUUAAAACCGAAAGAUGCCAUUUCUCUGAGUUUCAAUUUUAAAAUUAGUGACUUAUCAUCAAGUUAGCACAAUAAAGACUAUUUUGCAUGUUUUUUCUAUAACAUAUAUUUAAAUUUAUAAGAGCAUCGAAAAUCAAUCGAGAAAGUGCCCCCCUAUUAAAUAGUAAUUUUUGCCGAAUACUUCCUUGUUAGGCGGCCGAAAAGAAGAACGUCUAAAAGGUAACAUUUGGCGUAUCUGGCGUAUCACAACACUACGCCGCAGUAUACAAAUUUUUACAUCACUUAAGUAAUCUUGUCCACUUGCAUACGCACUUCAGAAUUUCGGUAAAAACUUCAUGAAAUAGAUCACAGAAGAAAAACAAAGCUUGAGCACAACCAUCGGAGUAGCGGGGUCUCGAGUUCUACGUUUAUUGAAAACUGAACAGGCAACUUCACUUUAAAAUCAGCAGUAUCUGACAAAAAGGUAAGAUUCAGGCAGAUUUAAGUCGUAGCUCAUCAAACCGUUGGUCGGCGGCCGCGUUGGCUGAUCGUCGUUCUCUUUUAGGUCACUGAUUGCGCCAACUCUGAGAUACGCUGAAUUAUUGCUGUACAUCUCAACAACAAAUAACUUAAUUAGACGACGAAUAAAACACGUAAAUUUCUGUAGUUGGAAAGCGAGGUUAUUUUGCAGCAUCACCUAUUAGCGGAAUGCAUAUGUUAAUCUGCUUCCCUCACUCUUGAGGUAAGCACAGGACCUGACGAUGCUUUCAAUAAAAACGUUCACAUACGUGACCCUAUUUUUGAUUUGAACUGAUCGAGUUCCUCAUUUCGGUUCUGCCAGUUUAUCCAGAUCAUGUUUUGGCAUGCUUCCGAAAUUCCGUUAAAUCAAGUGCUCUUUGAGUCGGCAUGGUCAUGACUUUUGGUAGUCAGAAGAAUAAGCUUGCGCACACCUCUUUAUAUUGCGACGGAGGGUUAUUGAUUUAGUAUGGUAUCUAUGACCCAACGGAUACAUGCUACUGUCAUAAUCAUCUCAGCCGAUAUUUUUAAUAUUUGGCAUAGGAGCCCACCCAGUGCGAAAAAACGGUCUUUUCUCAGCACCCUCGUGUGUAACUUGUUUGUUUCAGAACUUGUCCUUAUCCCGCUUGAUUCUCAUGAGUGGCAAGUCGCUGUGGUUGGUCAAAAUCCAGGAUUUAUACCUUUUGAAGUCCUUUGUCUUAAAUGCUUGGACGGCGUUUUACCGGCCAGUCCGAAUCUUGGGUCCUGUUCCGAUGAUUUGUCCAUGGACCGUACAUCGACGGUGAAGCACACUGGAGCAGAAAAACGGCAUUAUCUUGUCCGGGCUUAACCAUAAUGCCUUUUAGUCACUGUAAACACCACUGGAAAAGACAAAUCUUUGUUUUAGGUUUGUCAUAGGAAAUUGUAGUUUCUGACUUACAUAGUUCACGAGUACCUAUGGGGUCGUGCCUCAAACCGACACAGCUUUUGAGGGACGAGCUAGCCAAGUUUCAACGCCUUUAAUUUAAUUCGAAGUGCAUUCUGGUUUAUUUGUAUAUCGUGCCCUUUAAGUUAUGAGUACGCAUAGCUUAGACGAAAAUACCGCAGAGACGGCACGAUAUAGCAACUGCCAGCACACAUUGCCAGGACCCAUCAAACAGUUAGAUUAUCACUGCAAGACAUUCUUUACUUCAAUGGGACCCUUCGUGAAUGAGUGAAAUAUGCACAGACUAGCCGUUAUAAUGACGCUUGCCUAUGUUUACUCUAAGGAUGACAGGUCUUUAUGCCUGCGCGGGAAGCAUGCCUUCUGUUUUCUCAAGGUGUCACGUACAUUUCUUCCCAGUUAGUCGGAUAUAUUUUUUUGUUACUUGUUUUCUGCAUCUCAGCAAGUUUGCAAAAAUAAGAUAGGCUUUUUCCAGCUUGGCCAGCCAGUAGGUCCAAACAGGAAGAGCGCAGCUUGGAGGUUGUUAAAUAAAAAGAGAAAGAGCAUCUUAGGACACUGUAGACAAAAAAUUCAUUUUUAAAUUUGUAUUAAAGCUUAUUGAGUUACCCUUCUGUUUGGGCAAAAAAAUGUGGAGGCAAAACGUACUGUUGGUAUAGAUAAAGAAGUUUCACACAGCAGUGAGUUUUGUAUUCAGAGUAUUUCAACGUGUUUUGCAGACGAACAAGAGUGGUACUUGUACAAGCAUAUCGAUUCAGAACAGCAUGAACUGGCAAACGAGUAUAUUGAAAAUGCUUCAGUGAGGCCGGCCCUCUCGGUGAAAUGUCGUGCGGCAAGGCGACCGGCCUACUUCAUCUGGAACAUAUUCCUCGUCACGGUAAACAUCCUAUAUGACGCAAUUUAUCACCCAGUAUUCUGUUUUUUAAAUUCCCCGACUUUCAAAAGAGCCGCCGUUAACUGAUGACUAAGUUCGACUGCGUUCUUUUGCCUAAGGAUCUUUUUUCAAACAGACGUGCUUAAUUAAGUCUACGAAAUCACCUAAAAUGAUGGUAGUGGUAGUGAAAUACCCUCUUAUUCUUCCCUUUGCUUUACUGAAUUUAUGACAAACGUUUUCUAGCAAAUGUCUUUGAAGCAAAGUUGAUGAAGACAGCUGGUUUUUAUCUUUUCAAGUCAGUAUUACUAAAUGGUUUGCUUCAUAAUAAGUGGCAAAUGCUGCUACAGCACGUAAAUAUAUGAUUUAAUUACAAAUACUCGCUGUGUUAACUGUUCACUUUAAAUACGGGCGCUUCUGGGGAUAGGAUGGUAUUUUUUUACGUAUUACAUCAAAAAUUCACUCAAGCAAUUCGUUUGAGAAACAUAUGCUUUUGUUCAUAGUUUUAGCACCCUUCGAUUAGGGCGCUGAAAAAUCGCUGCUUUAGCAGAAAUUUCACCUGGACAGCCGUUAACAUGACUUCCGCGCCGCGGAUUUAAAGCAUGCAAUGUGCAAUAGACUUCAUUUCCUAUACAAUCGAGACCUUAAUGACUUUAUAUGUCAAUGUGCAAGCUGCCUCACGAUCGCUGUCGGCUGGUAGAACUGAAACAUUAAGCUAUGAUUGCGCGUCAGUAUUAAGUGUCAGAAUUGAACAAAUGUCUAAAACAUCAAAUUGUAACCGAGCAUACUUUACUAAAAGUUGAAUUAAACCUCAAGAGAAAUGGCCACUGACUUCUCGUCUCGCUUUGCAAAUGAGCGGGCAGGUUCUAUUUUUCAAAGUCGAUCGUGAUGCAGGCAGUGAUGAUCACGUUAUCAAAAACGAUUAAAUCAGUUCCAGCGUAUUCCGACCUUAAAUAAAUUUAGUUUUGUUUAAGACAAAAACAUUUAUCCGAACGCCAUGUAUUUUAAACCAGAGAGAUGGCUGACUAGCCGUUAUUAUCCGAUGUACUUUAACUUACUCAAAGUUCCCCGUUGCAGAAAAAAAUGGAAGUGACUCUUCCAGAUAUUGGCAUUGGCGCCGCACUUUUUACGCCUGAGCCUACUAAAACACCUUUGUCAUAAAAUGUUCGUCCAUUUGACUGAACAUCUUGAGUCAAGCAGUUGACAAUUAUCUACCGAAAUCAAUAAUAAUAAUUCAGCUGAUCAAAGCGUUAGUGAACACUCGUCUGUUCAUCGUUUCGCCGACAAAAAUAUCGCCAAAUGCAGGUUAACUGCAUACACGCAUUUCCAAACUGACGUUUAUAUAUGAGUUAUUAUAGGGUAGUGCAGACUACUGCGGAAUUAUUCCACGCACUUUGCCAUUCAGUCACGUUGAAUGUUCAGAAAGACUAUUUAUAAAAUUGAUUUUGCCAUAUUAAACAAAGUAUCCCGAUAAUAUAUUUGUCAACAUUAGAGUAGUGUCAAAUUCAAGUGUGGGACCUUUUGCAUUUUAAAAAGCGCAGCUUAAUGUCAACAGGCUGCAAAUACCUCAAACAACUUAAUACCAAACAUUGCCAGCCGGUGAUUAAUUGAUUCUAUCGCAGUAGUCUUACCUAGAUAUUUCACGUAUGAAGUGUGCAGCUUUUUGGUGGUUUAGAAAAUAAAUAUAUGCUCGUCUUAACUUUCAUAGCUAAGUUCUACUGGAGCAAUGGCUUUAAAUCCUCGACGGAUCUUACCCUGUCUAAUUAUAAAUACAAAAGGAAUUAUACUUGGGGUAAUAUUUUGGUGUUAAUGGUCGAAUCCCCAGUUAUUUAAAUUCUAAAUCUCUAAGCUUUAGCUCUUUUAUCCAAAUUGUUCCGCCCUUUGGCACAGUUUGUAAUUAAACUAGCCGGCCUUUCAUGAACAGGAUGUCAUGUAUUUUUGAAAUAAAGCUCCUUGGGGCGAUACUUCAAAACUGCCACAUUGUUCUAUGUUUUCUCAUAUUAACGUAUGUUUGCUUACGCUAAACCAGAAGAGACCGCUGAAGGGGUUGAUGUAGUAUAAAUCCCAUUAGGUAUACCACAUGAUGACUGCAUUCAGUUAAGGUAGCAUCAUGUCUAGAACGCAAAUCAUUUAAAAAGGACGGGAAAAUUCUGUUUGUCCAAAAUUGCAUUAACCAUUUUUUUAUUCCCAUCUCCUUUAUCUUUUCCAAACAUGCAGUUCCUUAUCUGCUCGCUCUCCCUUGUCACCUUCGCUGUGGACCGAUCUCAACCACAAAGCCGAUUGCAGCUUACCUUUACCCUUGUUCUGACCCUUGUUGCAUUCAAAUUUGUAGUCAAUCAGUGCCUGCCUAAAAUAUCUUACUUGACAUAUCUGGUAGGUUUGUUUGCUGUUCACAUUUUCAUUUUUACAAAUAUCAUCCUGACACUGAAGUGUACAAAUAAGUUCAUUAAGACACAAACAUGACGUAUUGGAAAAGGAAGAUACGAUCGCCGGACAAGAGCUUUGUUAGCCCGACGUUGCGGAUUCCUGCUCGAAUUCAUCAUCAGAGACAAAAGCAAAUAAGGGUCUCUUAUGAUGGAUUCGAGCAGGAAUCCGAAACGUUGGGCUAAUAAAGCUCUUGUUCCGUCGAUCAUAUCUUCUUCUUGAAUACUGCUUCCUGGGACUCGUCUCUUUGCUUCAAUUGAUAACCAUGACAUGCUGUCUGUGCAAUAACCUGCGUUUUAUUGCACAUCUUUAAACAUAGUAAAGUAAGCAUCUGCGUGAUUCAUAAGUAUGCUCAAAUAAUAAAGGAUCUUUUUGUAUUUAUACUUAAUUUGAUUUCCGUUAGGUAACCCGACAGAGGAGAGAUAAAACUUCCGAGUAGAUUAGCAACGUUGUCUGUGUUAUACUUUGCAUUCUUUUUUGCAUUCUUUUUUGCAUUCUUUUUGCAAUUCUUUUUUGCUAAAAUUUCAAUAUACCAGAAAGGUGAAUUUCUACUGGAGACAUCUGAGUAACUACGUUUGCGCAAUCAAUAUAUUUCAUAAGAAGCGUGAAUAACGAAAUUAGUCUAUUUUUAACAAAUGGGCAAUAAAAGCAGAUGUUAUGUCCGAGAAUGCAGGUAAAAGGCCUCAUUAUCAAUGACACAAGCGAGAACAGGACAUAGAUAUCAUUUGAUUCGUUUUGACCGAGACCUUUUUAUUUGGGCUAGGCUGACACAUACAUUCUUCCCAUAUAAUUUUACUGGCCCGACGAGAAGUUAUCAAAAGCUACGUAUGCUCGCCACCUUGUCUUCUGAUUACAUUCUUUAUUAUUCUACAACCUGGUCUGUUUUCUAACAUGGCUAAAAUAUCAAAACAACAGCAGAAAAACGUUGGUGCAUAGAACAUCUCUUCUAACGGAGAGAUUCGACAGAAAGCACUUCUGUCGUUUUACCCAAAUUUAACAAAAUACGUUUUGAUACUGGCAAAAACAAACUCAUUACAACGCAUAUUGCAACAAUUAACUUAAACAAACAUUGUCCGUAAAUGCAUCUGAAUACCAAGUUUCUUCAUUUUCCUGUUGUUAGCUAUCGUCUAUGGACUGAUAUGUUUGUGGUGGGCAGGGAUCAUUUCUUGUUCUGUCAGUUUCUGUUGGCAAAAAUUUGGCAAUAAUGCCAUCAACAUUUAAAAAAGGCACUAUACAUUUUUAAAAAACCACAAUAACAGUCUCGUCAUCCAUUUUUUCUACCACGGUAAGAUGUAAAUAUGUUUUCUGACAUGUAGUAAAAACGUCUUUUAAAACUUUCCCCCGUGGCUUCAUCAAGACUUUAGUGUCCGUAGCGAUGGUGGCGGCUAAUUGACUUUUACCACCCCAGACGCGAUUUCGAUCGUUUUGGAUGUUCCCAAGCCAGUUUUUGGCAGUUCAUAUGUAAACAUGGACUUGGUAGUCUAGUUUGAAUCCUUAAUACGCCUACUUUCCUCAUCGUUUAUAGAGAAAAGUUACUUGAUAAAAUUUAAAUCUGAGGAUGUGUGAUCCAGUAGAAUCUAAAAAAAUUGGUUUUGGAAGACGCGAUGGCGGGUGUUUCUAGCGUAAUGGUGGUGGGUAUUUUGAAGGAUUACCUCCUCAAAACCUCCAUCAUGUCCUUAAGGAAAGGUUCUUUUCACGACCUAUUUUGCUGCAAAAAUUAGAAAGUGAUCUUGCAUUAGCCUAAUCGCUAGUUUCAUCCAUUAUUGAACUACCACGAUUUUUCUCGGGGUUCCAAUCAGCGUUCAAAACCUAAUAAAUUUAUAAAGCUCACGGCAACUUCCACGUAAAUAGUUUUAUUAGUUUAAGUCUUUGACAAGAAAAUUCAAUUCAUUUUUGACAUAUGCCCUUAGUGUCUAAAUAAAUUUGCACGAGUUACCAGCAUAUUCUAUCAAAAAUUGGAUAUUCAAAUUAAAUUCGAAAUAUACUGCUGGAAAAUAAAACGAAAAUUCGAGUUGAAAAAAUGCUCCCUGUACUCAUUCUUUCCCUGAAUUUUGCAUAGAAUUCCAUUUAACUGCAUGCCGUCUGGUGAAUAAAUGGGCGCGGCCGUUGCAACUGAUGACAUUACUGGAAACGUUUAUUGGUCGUGCAGUUCUUUUCGCGUUUUUUACUAAAUAUUUUUGCAUAAAUUCCACGAUGAUUCUAAAAAGCAUAGGAAAAAGACUUUGAUUUCUACCAUUUACUUGAAAGAAAACCCUGGGGGCAGUCUCAUCUGCCAUUUCAUGUUAUGAAUCCUUUAGAGCAACGGUCAAAAGGCGUUAAAUUACUCGAAUUGAGGCGAGAAUGCCAAUUAAAUGAACCAUAGUUCUAGAAUAAGAAACUUAUUACUCUGAACGUCUUCUGCCCCCAUAAAAUGACGUUCACUAAAGUGGAGGUCCGAAUCAUGUCAGACAUUUUUGCAGUACUCAUACCCGGGCCUACAAGCAAAAUGGAACAGGAAAAUAUCAAUUUGUUUUAGGCUUUGGUUUUGCCGGAAAAUCUUAUUUUCACCAACAUAUAAUAUGUUUGCGUAUGGUCGCCAGCAAUAGACCGUUUCAGCAUUAUCUUAGCUGGCCUGGUUUCCAAACAAUGGUCAUGAAAGUUUAUUUUGAGAAGCCAAACAAACAGAUUACUCGGUGUUUUAUAUCAAGAAACGGAGCCAAAAAUGAAAGGAGGACACAAGAACUAAGUCUUUUGAGGAGACCUAUAGUAAAUACUUCUUCGGGAAAAGGUUUAUUCGUCAUUGAGGUGUUGUAGGUGAGACUCAAAGGACUUCAUUACCAAUAUCUUUAUGCGCAUUUAGAUGUGCCUAGCAUACAGUAGGUGGGCUACCUCAUAAAAUGUUAACCUAAGUUAUAAAGUGUAUUUCUAAUUAAAAGGAGCUGUCGUAGUUGGGUUCUAAAUACUGAUUAUUAAGUAGCAUAAUCAUGGGACCUUUCAGUCACGCCAAGAUAAAGGUUUUUGAAUGAAGCAUCUUUCGGCAAUUCGCAGAAAUUAAUUUUGACGAGGAAUAACCGAAUGGACAAUACAAUCUUUUCCAACUUUCCGGUCUUCUGAAUCUUUAUAUGUGUACUAGAAAACAUGCAAAAACACAUGCUUUCUUAUGUUCAUCUGCUUACAUGUUAUAUUUUAAAAUGUUACAUUUUAAGAUGUGUGCCGUUCGGUUUUAAAAAAAAGUGACUUUUAAAUUAUAAAAUAAUUUCUAACUGGACUUGCGGUUGCACUUGUGUUUAGGGUUUUAGAACUUCAAUUGCCUACUUUGAGUGGAGGGGAAAUCUUAUGUCUUUCCAAAAUAUGGAUAUGUACCAUGUUGAGUACUUCACAAGUAUCACUAAUAAACGUUCCGAGACGAUGAUGUGUGAUCGUGCAUUGUCUUAACAAUAUCGUAAUUAAAAAUGUUUUUAAAUCAAAAAAAUAUCAUUUUCAAGUACACAUUUUCAAAAAAGUGCAAUUUCCUAAUGAAAAAGGAAAAACUAAUAUUCCCGCGCAUCUCUUAUUUAAAAUGCAUUUAAAUCCGCGAGAAAAAUUUUCACACCACCUAAGUAGUCACUGCGUACCAGGACUGGUCUAUGUAUUUGGCCGCACAGAAAUUCAUUCAAAGUUGCCUUUCAUAAGGACUGAAAUAGUUUUAGGUUAUGCGGUAUCACAAACCCUCCGAACUAUUUUUGAUAAAAACAUGUUUCAGAAUUUCGGCCAACGUUUAAUGAGAUAUACAAUUUUCUUAUAACAAAAGCCCAUGACUUUUGAAUACGUAUUUGUAGUAUUAUCGGAUUUGACAGGCCUUUCCUGCAGGCGACGAAAGCUGGCAAUGUCAGUUUGUCAUAGGAGCAUACCUGCAUCAUGUGAAACGAGUAGUUAGUUGAGUUUUGAAUUCGACGUGCGCCUUUGCGUUAUGGUGUCCCUGGUCGGAUUUGGUUAACCAUUAACCUGAAAGUCACGUGACAGUGUAAGUGCCUCACGAUUUCGUGCGUUGUUUUGAUUCAUAUCUCUACUCAAUUUAGGUCCGUUCUGAGAUAAAGCAUUCUAAAAAUCCAACUUUUCUUUAUGGCCUCUGUUUAUCAGCUGAAUGUCUCGUUUUCAGUUGAAUUUUACAACCCCUUUAACCACAAAACAAUCUGGACUACUGUGAUACUCCAGCUACAUCAUCACGCGGCAGGACAGAAAAUGGGGGUUUAUUUCUCUUUCCUUGGUUCCGUCAAACUCGGUCUAGGCGUGAGCAGCAGACUAUGCGAUAUUGAACCCUCUUAUAGCCUUGAGCCAGCGCAGUUGUGGAGCCGCAGACGUCCAGUUUCAUCCUUUUCUCCGUCACGGAUGCAGGCCGCUUUGAUGUGCUGGUAACCAGAGGUUAUCCUUCCCUUAGCCCACGCCAGUCAGGUUCUCUGACUAGGACUUUCAAGCAAACGUCAAGCUUAUUAAAAUGUUUCAGGGGCAGGUCUGUGCCAUAAAAGUUGUGCUUUGGUAGUGAAUGGUCCCGAUUAACAGCAACCGGCAUCAGGCUCUACAGUCAAACGCCUAUGGCUGCGGCAAUUUCUAGGCCAUUUAAAGGAUAGCAUAAGAUCAGGGAGGAGAAGAGGGAGUCGGUCGACAAGUUGUCAGGUCUACUUGCCACUUAUUAUCUCCUUGCUGCGCUUACCAAUUUAAGCUUAAAUUCUCAUGAAAACUGUCUGUAUUCAAAGGGAGAUAUGUCAUUGCAUCUGGUGCAGAAAUAAGCUGUAACAGUAAUCGCCUGCUAUUCCGGUUGUUUCUGGUGGUGGUAAUAUCUUAUUAUACAAAGUAAUCGUAGAAGUGCGCAUGUUCACUUCCGCUUUCAGACUCAUCAUACGUACAGGACAAAGCAAUCAGUACUGAAAGAACUUGCCAAUAGAAGCGAAAAGAAGAGUCCCAGUAAGUAGUCUUGAAGAAGAAGACACGAUCGCUGGGACAAGAGCUUUAUUAGCCUGACGUUUCGUAUUCCUGCUCGAAUCCAUCAUCAGAGACAACAGUAGAUAAGGGUGAUUCAUGCACAAGGGGUUACAGUAUUUAUAGGAUGCAGUCGUCAUGCUACCGCAUACCUAUGAACAUUCACAGCUCCCCCCUCAUCCGUAAUUGUCGCAAUUGAUGUGCUAAUUGUUUGAUGGCAGACAUUCACGUCGUUAAUUGCUGCGAUGUCAUCACGUGCGUUGGCUGUUGGUGUGAUGAUUGCUCGACCAUCUGACGCACCGACCCCGGUGUUGUAAAAAGUGUUCGCAUGUGCGCUCCCCGCGUGGCUAAUUAACCCGCCUAGGCGAAGUCUCAGCAUCGAGUAUGGAAGGGGAAGUUCAUUGCACUUGUAAAUAGACUGGGGGGGCAGUAAACCAUGAUUCAAGUAGCUCCCUGCUCACGCGGUUGUCACCUCUUGCAAGACCUUCGGACUUGCCGAAUUUGAAUUUGAGUCCGGGUCUGGUCGAAUGACCCGCAGCUUGAGAGAGCUGCAAGGACUUAUUGAUCCCUCACGAUUCCAACAGCAUGAUACCCCAAUGGUCCACAUGUGUCACUGCGCAAGCAUCUCUACCCCAUUUGCCAACAUCCAAACUUGAUACAGCAACAGUAAGGUAUCAGUCUCAGGAUACAAGGCGGCAGAUUUUUGCGCAGGUAAAAUACAUUCGGUACCUGGACAAUGUCAUAAAAUGCUGUCCGAAAUACCAAAAAUGUAUUUGAAUAGGAAGGUUCGCCUUAAUUUGGUUGUUCUAUACAUUAGCAUGCAGCAUAAUCCCAAAACAGCUCUGUCACAUCAGGAUGUCGGCUUUUGAAUGAGAUGUUUUCAAUUUUUUGUAAAAAAACAAUCGCGGAAACAAAAUGGCUAUCUAAAUCCAUGUGUUAUGUCAUAAAAUUUUGACCGAAAUUCCGAAAUUAGUUUUUAAUUCGAAAAGAUUAAUUAUGUAGGAUUAUUGCAGUAGUCACCCUGCUGCGUAAUGCAAAGCUAUUUCAGCCACAUGAAAAUAUCGACCUCUAAAGGACUUCCUACACGGUCGUCUGCAAACUGAUUAUUUAAGAAGAACGGGUUUUUUCAUUGACUUUCGAUGCCAUUAUAAAUUUAAAUAUAUUCUAUAGAAAACAUACACUAAAUGCUCCUUUUUUACUUAUUCGGUAGCAAUUUGAUUUUCCCCUGUAUUCGACCAUACGUUGAGGCACAGAGGUUUUGGCUGCAGAAAAUUCGAUCGUUGUUCAUAAACGGUUAAAAACGACAUCUUUCCCGUAACAAUUAAAAGAACUGUGUUACCGGUUGAUUUUAUAAGUUUAUUGGCUACUUCUUGUUAUAAGAGAGAUUAAAACGCGCUUAUUUGUUAAUCUUUAUAUUACUCUCCCUUUAGGACAAGUACAUAAUUUCGAGUCUUUUCUUCCUGACUAUUAUUUGCAUCUGGCACGGUGGAAUCGCUGUCAUUGAAAAGGUAGCAGAAAGGUUUGGCAUCCUUCUGUGGGCAGACACGGAACUGUACGUCAUCCUGUUAAUCGGAAUUGGCUAUUUCACCUUCAAUGUCGGCUUCAUCCUUAUGAUCUACUGUGUUGUGAGUUAAUUACUUUUUAAAAAUUUAUGUUACCUUAAUGUUGCGUUAAUACGGGCAAAUUUAAUAUAUUUAGCAUUCCCUUGAUAUCAAUAAGCUGACCAUAGUCCUACUUCAGAGGGCGAACCACAGAAACCACCCUACAUUGAAACCGAGUCACACUUUAAAUCAGGAUGAUAAAACGAUCACAGAAGUGAGCCCGCUUCCUUAGUGCCAUCACCGGUGAGAUGGAUAAACAAUGAAAAAAUGCAACGAAAACGACUGCGCAUAGUCUCUGUUUUACAAAAUUUGGGCGUACACAGUGUCCAGCGUGGACCAAGGGCGCAGUCUAAAGAUUAGCUAUGCCAUCAGACAAAUCCCAGCAGCCAUUCUUUUAAUAUAUCGAUGAGCGAUAGACCCCACACUGCAUGCUUUUUUAGGUGAUCUUACCUUCAGCAAUCAGAGCAAGCCUGUUACCGCUGUGAGCUCCACAUUUCAAAUAUUUGGUCAUCCAAAAUGUCCACAUUAUGGAAUUUGGGUAAGAUGUGGUUAUUUAGUCCCACCUGAUGGACACAGUACUGUUGGGGUUGGGGUUAGGGUCACGGUUGUUGUUAGGGGUUACAGUUAGGGGUUGGGGUUAGGACGAGAGAUAGAAGCUGGCGCAACUAUUUCACAACCAUUGGCAGUACAACCACGCACCUCCAAUAGUUUUCUUUCGCAGGCAACUACUUGGCUUCGUCGCCUGUGCGUUCCCGGCCCCACCUGUAAAAACCCCUAUAAUCACCGGUCCCGUAUUACAGGUGGAUGGGGUUUGUUUACUUCUGACGGGGCUAAAAAACCACAUCUGACCGGAAUUUCUAGUUGAAGUUUCGACUAUUCCGAAGAUGUCCACUAUGGGCUACACAGUUAGGUGAAACAGGCACAAUGACCUGCAUGCGAAUUAGUUUAUAGCGGUAGUAGGCUUGCGCAGCACUUACUACACGCUCUCCUCCCCACUCCUCACCUGGACCCGGUGUUGCGGCGCAGUCAAGCAAUUAAUGUAACGUAGGUGACAGCUCGGAAUCAAAGUUGAUACGGGUGAAGCUGUCAAGACUGUCACAGCAAUGAGAAUUAGCUCUUAGUCGAAUGCAGUCGUUGAUGUCUUCGCCAGCCUAAGGGUUAUGGCUACUAAAUCUAGUAAUAAUUGCCCUGAUAGCCGAUCCAGCUAAUGCCGUGUUUGGGGUGAGGGGGGGUUGGAGGCGUGUGUGCGGGUCCAUUAGAAGCCACGCCCACUCAGUCUGGACCACAAAUGGAUCACCAUCUCGGCUGAAUAGUGUGUGAUGACAUGCCAUUAUUAGCUCUCUUGAUUGGCGUUUCUCAGAAGGCCAUACGCACUAUAAUUGGCUCUGAAAGACCUCCUCUGCUCAGUGGUGCGAAACUGUGGAAUUGGCAGGCGAGUUAACUAGAUGUCAACUGGGUUCCAUUGUUUUCUGUACGGAAAGUUACCCAGUCCAUAAGAGUGGCUAAGUUUAUGGAUUUUUCCUUGAAGUGCGAAAUGUUUGAGCGUGCAUCUGGAUUGUCAACGAGGACAAUUUUAGCCACGGAAUACAAAUACGUACUGAUAAGUAUUAUUACGAACUAUAGAGUGGUAUAUGCCCGUUUCUGAAACAAUUCUGUCUUGUGACUUACAAACUUAAUAUACAGUAGUUUGCAGACGUGAAUCGCGCUUUCACAUACUGAUUCACUACUAAUUCAGAGUUUCGAUGACUCCUAAACGACAUAUAUUUUGAACUUUUCGGCUUACUAUGUUGAGUAUUAGUCACCCACACUUAGCACUGUUUAUCUUACAUUAGGCAGACUGAAAAUAAGCUACUUGAAUCUCCAACUACUGAGGUACUGCAGAUGAAAAAGGACAACUGUCUUUCAAAAUCUAAACCAUGUCAGCAGACUCAUUACACAAGACACCGACGGAUAUUUUAAGGUUUUAGCCUAACUACCGAUUUGGCGUGAAAUGGGCGUAUAAAUCAAACUAUGCCUUCCUUCAUUGGAUACUUGUAGAGAGGAGCAAAUUAGGCCUGCUUUUUGCAUUGGCUGUACAAACUCUGCUUAUACAUUGCUGUGCGUUUUUAAGGCAUGCAAGCGAAGGCGGGACAUGAAAUCAAAGGACUCGGAGUAUCUGGUAGGUUCAUUUAAUAUGCUUACGUAAUUCGAGAGUUCUCACUGAUCAUGUGCUUAAGAAUUCGCACAUAUUAUGAUCGGGAAAAUAUUUUGACAAAACCUAGGAAGACGACCAUUUAAACCUAUGAUUAAUAUCAUCGGCCCACUGAUAAGCAUGAUUCAAUUCUUUUCCUAUCUAUUGCCAAAUGCGCACGAUUUCUAGUAAAGAUUUUAUAUAUAAACUGCAUUUACUUCAUCUGCGAACAGUUGUCGUCCCAUAACAAUUUCAAUCAUUGAGGAUAUUAUGUUGUUUUUGCAUGCUAUUUAGUGUUCCAUUGUCCAGAUACACCUAUGUAAAGCUGGACAGAAUUAAUGUAGGCAACAUGGCUUAGCCAAACGUAACAUUUACCGAUGGCAACUGGCGUGGCUUAAAACACUACGCCGCGCAUGGAAGGUUACCAGAUCAAAUUUUGACCCAUCCUACUCAAAACAGAUGGCCCGAAUAUAAUGACUCCCAAUAGUUGAUGCAAGGAUACGAUUCCCGACAGGUAUUCCAAAAGAGGAAGAAGCAUUCAUCGUGGGGGGUUCAUCAGAAAUCUGACAUCUCUAGUGGCCAUUUUGCCCCCCCCCCAACUUUAGGAAUUAGUGUUUUACGCAAAGCCCUCAUUAAAUGGCGCAUUCUGCUUAAUGUGUAGGCCGCCAAUGGGAUGGUCAGAUCCACAGCGCCACAAGGAACAGGAGCUGCUCACAGUCCUGACUCAGCACCUGAUGUGGUCAGAAGACCCUAUCCCUAACUAGGAGCAGUCGACCAUUGCCUGGUGACUGUAGAACACAAACGCAUGAGCAUACAGUAGAUGUGCUAACUCAUGAAAUGUCAACCAAAAUUUCGAAGUGCGUUCUCGUUUCGAAAAGAUAAAUUAAGUAGUGUUGCAAAAGUAAUCAUGAUGCAGCAUAAAUCUAUAAUGAUCCAGUUAUCUCAGGGUGUCGGCUUUCGAAAAAACUCAUUUUCGGCUGCAUGCAAGAUCUAUACACUGCAAAAAAUGACUACUUAAUUAACAUGCAAUUUUCUCAUAGAUUUUCGAUGCCCCUGAGAAUUCAAUUAUAUUUCAUGGAAAACAUGCAUAGAAAUAUUCAUUCCUUUACUUAUUCGGUAGAAAAUCACGUCUUCUACCAAUUUCAUACUCAAAAUAAGGGUAUAAUUCGGUUUUAAAAAAGUUUCUAAUUGUGAGAUUUUUAAUACCGUUAAAUGACCGUUUAUGAAACUCAUGUAUCUGCAUUAACGAAUGUGGCUUGUAAAGUUAACAAUAUUACUCAAAUCCACUGCUCAAUUUUGUCAACCUUAUAUGAUCUCCCCUUAACACCGUAGAGAAAUGGAUGAUUUUCCGAACACGGGAAAUAUACAGCUUGUAGGUUUGAAACCAUGAAUGCAAGUGUAACAGCAGGUCGAGUUCAAAAGUAUUCGGGAAUUAGGAGUUUUUUAAUACCGAAUUAUACUCUUCUUUUGAGUAUGAAAUUGGAAGGAGACGUGAUAUUCUACCAUAUCGGUGAAAGAAUGUAUAUUUUGUGCAUGUUUUCCAUGAAACAUAAUUGAAUUUUUAGGGGCAUCGAAAAUCCAUGAGAAAAUUGCAUGUUAAUUAAGUAGUCAUUGUUUGCAGUGUAUAGAUCUUACAUGCAGCCGAAAAUGAGUUCUUUCGAAAGCCGACACCCUGAGAUAACUGGAUCUUUAUAAACUUAUGCUGCAUCAUGAUUACGUUUGCAACACUGCUUAAUUUAUCUUUUCGAAACGAGAACGCAUUUCAAAUUUUGGUUGACACGCUUGACCCAAAGUAGGAGGCGGAACUUUAUGUUGCACAGAUGGGCCAAAUCUUCAUUUCAUUAGGCAAAUAAAUCAAAUAAGUUUAUCGGAAAUUUGCUAGCGGAUCACAGAGCCAAAUAACAUUUCCUGGAUGAAAAAGAUAAGGAUUUUGCGAAACAUGAAACCGUUGGCAGCACAUCACUCGUGAACCAUGCAACAGCAGCUCAUUUAUUUCUUAUUCACAAAGCUACUUGAGCGGACCACUGGAAGCGGAAUAUACGUAUGUUUACUCGCGGUCUGAUAUGAUGCAAGACAAGAGCACUUAAAUGAAUUUGACCCGGGGAUAGAGGUGAAAGCCUGCUCCAUGAAAUACACGACUGAUACCACCAAACCUGGACUACUGGGAGAGUGUAGUUGUGGAAAUCUAUCCUUAAGGUCUUGUCUAGUGCUAGAUUAGCAUUCUUAUCUAUUCCUUUUUGACGCUGGCAUAAUUAUAAAGCCGUAAUGAAGACUUGAAGAGACGAAUCAUUCCGCUUUCUUGCGAACUUUUAGGAGAAGGUGAAGUGUCAGAUGAGCAAGAAGGGCAGUCGAGCACACAGAACCACCAGUGCGGACGUUCGGCUCACUGGACAGAGACAAACAGAUGUGUUGGAUUUCAGUUGA